CAUACAAAGAGCAACUUUGUUGUAUCAGCAGGUAUCAUAAUGUGGAGACAGUGCAGCAAAAGAUGGUUCUGGUUGAAAAGAAGCCUGAGUUUACCUGGAUGCUUGCAGACCAGCAGUGAAGAGUCUGUGGUCAACACAUACAAAAUAACAUCUGCAUUAGUAACACUUCUCUUUUUAUAGAACAGGUGUAAGUUUAUGCAAAAAAAGUACCUAAGUUCUACUGCACUCUUUUCCUCAGCAAUAACAUGGAGAAGUUGUCAUUGGGGUUUGCUGGUCCUCUGAUACAUUUCAGAAUGCCGCUGGUAAAGAGGAACAUAGACCCCAGGCACUUGUGCCACACAGCUCUGCCCCGAGGUAUCAAGAAUGAGUUGGAAUGUGUCACCAAUAUUUCCUUGGCAAAUAUAAUCAGACAACUGAGUAGCCUAAGUAAAUAUGCUGAAGAUAUAUUUGGUGAACUUUUCAAUGAAGCACACAGUUUCUCAUUUAGAGUCAACUCCUUACAAGAGCGUGUAGAUCGCUUGUCUGUCAGUGUUACACAGCUCGAUCCAAAGGAAGAGGAAUUGUCACUGCAGGACAUUACAAUGAGAAAAGCUUUCCGGAGUUCCACGAUUCAAGACCAGCAGCUGUUUGACCGCAAAACUCUGCCAAUUCCUUUGCAAGAAACUUACGACAUCUGUGAGCAGCCUCCUCCACUUAACAUUCUCACCCCUUACAGGGAUGAUGGAAAAGAGGGUUUGAAGUUCUAUACCAAUCCUUCGUAUUUCUUUGAUCUGUGGAAGGAAAAAAUGUUGCAGGACACAGAGGACAAAAGAAAAGAAAAGAGGAAGCAGAAGCAGAAAAAUCUAGAUCGCCCUCACGAACCAGAGAAAGUGCCAAGGGCACCUCAUGACAGACGGAGAGAGUGGCAGAAGCUAGCCCAAGGUCCAGAGCUCGCAGAAGAUGAUGCUAACCUCUUACAUAAGCACAUUGAAGUUGCUAAUGGCCCAGCUUCACAUUUUGAAUCAAGAUCCCAAGCAUACGUGGACCACAUCGACGGGUCCUAUUCCCUGUCUGCCUUGCCCUACAGCCAGAUGUCCGAGCUGCUGAGCCGAGCCGAGGAGCGCGUGCUGGUCAGGCCCCACGAGCCGCCGCCGCCGCCCCCCAUGCACGGCGCGGCCGAAGGGAAGCCUGUGCCCCCCUGCGUCAGUUCUACUCCUGGCUUGGUAGAAAAUCGUCCUCAGUCACCAGCAACAGGCAGAACACCGGUGUUUGUGAGCCCCACUCCUCCUCCUCCACCACCACCACCUCUUCCAUCCGCUUUGUCGACUUCAUCAUUAAGAGCUGCAAUGACUUCCACCCCUCCACCCCCAGUCCCACCCCCACCACCCCCUCCCACAGCUGCUCUGCAGGCCCCAGCUGUGCCACCUCCGCCAGCUCCUCUCCAGAUAGCUCCAGGAGUUCUUCAUCCAGCUCCACCUCCAGUUGCUCCUCCCCUAGCACAGCCCUCUCCCCCGGUCACUAGAGCUGCCCAGGUGUGCGAAGCUCUGCCCGUUCACCCAGUUCCUCCACAAGCUGAAGUACAGGGACUUCCUCCACCACCCCCACCUCCUCCCCUGCCACCUCCUGGCAUUCGACCCUCCUCCCCUGUCACAGUUGCAAACCUUUCCCACCCUCCUCCUGUUCUGCACCCUCCUCCCACAACCAUUGUCCCUGGCACUCAUGCACCCAUAAUGCCUCCAUCUCCACCAUCCCAAGUGAUUCCUGCUCCUGAGCCCAAGCGCCAUCCUUCAACUCUUCCUGUGAUCAGUGAUGCUAGAAGCGUUCUGCUGGAAGCAAUACGGAAAGGUAUUCAGCUCCGCAAAGUCGAAGAGCAGCGGGAGCAAGAAGCCAAGCACGAGCGCAUUGAGAACGAUGUUGCCACCAUCCUCUCCCGUCGCAUCGCUGUGGAAUACAGUGAUUCAGAAGAUGAUUCAGAAUUUGAUGAAGUAGAUUGGCUAGAGUAAAUUUGUUACAUUGCUGUACACUGCAAAAUCGAAUGCUAAUGUCCAUUGUGGUGCUUGUUCUUUGGAAGUUUGAUGGUCAUUUCUAGUGUUUUUUGUAUUCUUUUCUUAACAUAAUUAAUCCAUGUUUUUCUACUUUUCAGUUUACAAAGAGCUCCUAGUGCAUCUUCAAAACUAAAUGUUUUACAGUGGCUUUUCUUACACAUCUCUUUUGGAAGAACAUACUUUGUUCCAAUAGACCACUAAGUAUUAAGCAUGGGCAGCUGUUGGUAGAGUAGCAGUUUCAAUUUUUUGGCAUAUCUUAACUGUGCACUUUGUGAAUUUUAAGUUGAUGAAGGCAACUGAGAUUGACAUUCCAAGGGCAGCUGUAUGUACUAAUGAGCCUUAUUCCACUUCUGAUAGUGUUUUAAAACAUUAAACCUAGCUAUCAAAAUAUCACUGCCUCGAUCACACCUGUACACUAAAAGUACAUAUAGUUAGCAGCACUGAACACACUGAAAAGCAAAUGGAUCUUUGGGGGGGUUUAUUAUUGUUUUAUUGUUGUUUUUAAAUAAUUAUGGCCUUAUUUGAAUGUUUAGAGAUUCCCCUUCCCUUCUUCCCUCCCAGGUACAUAUUGUGUGGUACUAUUUUUGCCUGCAUAAUAAAAGUUUAAAGUUUUUUUUUUUCCUUGUGAAAUCUUUUGACUUAAACAUGCUGUGUAACUUAUGUAACUGUUAAAAUAACAGUUUGAUUUAAUAAAUGGUUCAUUUUAAAUGUU